CGCAUCCUCAGCUCGUACUGAAAGUUUAAACAGCGGGAAAUUUAAGCAGCUGAUAGCUAAAAUAUUUUCUCAAAGACCCAGGGACCUCAGGAAACCAAACACAAUGAGUUAUGUGAGGAACAUAAAGGAAAUGUUGAACAUACCAGCUGGAACCAGGGGAAAUGUGGCCACCAAUGGAUACUCGAGUUUGACAGAUUCCCAGCUUUUCUUUGGGUCACAGUUGUGGCAUGAACAUUCCCAGGGUAUGUCUCAGGAUAUGAGUAUUUCAUCCAGAAACUCCCAACAAAGUUCACAGGAGGAGGUCACAAAAGAACCCAGAACAACAUCUGAAGCACUGCUUGCCUUACGAAGCGUAGUAAAGGGAAGUGACCCAACAAUUUUAAAAAGAUACACCUCUAAACCUCUCCUGUUUGGAGACCUGAAGGACAAAACAAGAACCUCAAGCUUGCUUGACAAGUUUGAAGAGGACAAGAAAAAAGCAAAAGAAAAACAUGACAGGGAUCAAUUUGUUAAAGAAUCCCAACAUAUUAAAGAAACUCUCAUCAAUAUUGAACAACUGGUGGCUGGCACUGAGAAAAAUACAGCUGUGUGCCAAACAAUCUUUGAGAAAUUUGACAGUUUUGCAUCAUCAUUGAAAAACAGUUUGGAGAGCCUACAGAGGGACAUUUCCCAGAUGUGUGAGAGUUUGGUAGACAAAUUAAGCUCUCAGAAGGAAGUAAUGACAGAGCUGGAGGAAAAACUGCAAAAGAAUGGGGAAACCACAGCAGAGCUGGAAACACAACUGAAAAGCUUAAAGAAUAGUCUGGAGUGUCUCAGAGAGGAGCAGGAAAGAGAACAAAAAAUGCUGGAAGAGGCCCUGAAGCUGCUCACCUCUCUUGUCCCCAAUCCUUCAAAUAAACCCAGUCCUAAAGGGGCAAUAGACAGUGCCGUUCAAACAUCUCCGGAGCCUGAACAGUCUGUGCACCACAUUCUGCAGAACAGCCAACCUGAGGGCACACAGCUUUCAAGUGCACCGAACAACCUUAGUCCCAUUCAGGUUUACAGGCGUGUCUUUGGAAGAAGAAAACUCAAACUGAAGGGCCUGAGGCGCAAAAAGCGGCCGCUCGUGCUCUCCCAGAGGAGUAAGCAGUCGGUCCCAGAUGAAAACAAUGAACCUAUGAAUCCUUGUAAGAAGCCACAGAUAAUAUCAGGACCCCUUCACGAGCGCUGUGAUCAGAACACCCUGGCCGAACAGAGUCUUAGCUCAGGCAGUCCGACACCAGCGAAGAGAGGAAGUAGAGCCGACAUGGCCGCAGGAUGUUUCAUCACCCCGCUGAGCUGCUGGUCCCAGGACAGCAACAACUCCGAAUGCCUCGCUGCCAUUGAACCCAUCCUGGAGAGACUGUCAGCUGAUUCAAAGAUGGGGACCCCAGUAAAACAUGUAGACUUCUGGCAGUUGUUCGAAUCUGAGUUAGACUUUUAGACAAAAAGUUAAAGCUCUAAGCACUCUUGUUCUCAUUGCUGAAUAGUAGUCAAAUCUGUUCAUUUAAAACAAUAUUCAUUAUUACUUUGAGUAGAUUUUUUUCUGAAAAGAAGGAUAACUUAAGAGUAUAUAUCUUAAUAUAAGAACUGUGAAAUUUCAGAAUGACCCUCAAAAUAUUUCACACACUAAUUUAAAUGGUUAUGUUUUUUUCUGCUUACAAUAAAAUAUUGUUAAGUUUUACAUUUCUGUAUAAUCUAUUUCAAAUAUAGUUCCAGUUUGAGUGAAAAUGAA